AACCGCGCAUUUUGAGAGGGACGCAGCCUUUAUUAGCGUUUCAGUGGUUAACCUAGCUGCAAAAUAAUGACUGAAUCGGCGUAAAUACAGAAUACAGACAAAACAGCUACAACAGGAUGCGCAGGUCCGCGGCACCGAGUCAGCUCCUCCACGGCAAUGCUGCAAAGAAGCCGCGGUUUGUGCCUCCUACCCCGGUGCACAUCGGUGCAGUUCCCAAAUCGAACCCAGGGCCAGUGCCAACAUCCAACACCAUGCCAAUGUCGAGACCAGGACAAGUACCAACGUCCGCACUGAAACCAGCACCUGGCGGUGUCCGUAACAAGGUGCAGAAGAACUUGUCUGAGAGGACUGGAGACACUCCAGCUGUUGCCGGAGUCCCAGCAGUGGGUAGGGCUUUAGCCAGGGUUCUGAGUGUCGUUGCUCAGGAAGAGGGGAAAGAAAAUGACCUGGAGUCUCUAAGCUUCCCUCUGGAAUCAGGGCAGCUCCCAGUUUCGCCCUCACCACAACAGCUAGAUCUACCUAGUACACACAGGACCAGCACCAGCACCAUAACAACCGCACGCUACUACAGUGUAAUGUGGUGCAAGGCAUCCUCCAGGAAGCACAAGCGCUGGGAAGGUGAUGCAGUGCUCGUGGCCUCAGGACGCAGCGUCGUCCUCAAAGACAUGGAGGGAAGAGAUAUUGGACGAGGUUCAGGUUACAAAGCAUCUGAGCUGGAGAGUCUGUGUGAGGGCCAGACUUUAAUGGUAGGAGGGAAGCAGAUCGAGGUCAUGGGGGUCAUCUCAGAUGAAGACUACGCUAAGGGACGAUGUUUUCAAGAUGCCAUUGUGGAGGUUCCUCUAGAGACGACUGCUAAAGCACCACCGAGACUUCAGGGAUUUCAGCUGGCCAAACCCUUUGCCAGACCAGCACUGAAGGAUGCAGCUAUGAGAUCACCCGGACCUGAGGGGCCUGUCUGCAAGCCCAGAUAUGACCCUAAUAUCCCAGGAGCCCUUGUGAUGCCUCGGCCUUCAGCCAAUCACCAGUGGCUUUCUAAUAAAAAUGGACUCCCUUUAGUGGACGUGGUUGUGGACCCUCACCUAACAAAUCAUCUGCGACCACAUCAGAGGGAGGGUGUGGUCUUCCUAUAUGAAUGCCUCAUGGGAAUGAGGUUGGCUGGCCGCUGUGGAGCCAUUUUAGCGGAUGAGAUGGGUUUGGGGAAGACACUGCAGUGUGUGUGUGUAUUGUGGACUUUACUGAGGCAGGGGCCUUAUGGGGGGCGGCCUGUACUGAAGAGAGGGUUGGUGGUUUGCCCCGGUAGCCUGGUGAAAAACUGGGCUGUUGAAUUCAACAAAUGGCUUGGCAGAGAGAGGAUCAGCGUUUACACUGUUGACCAGGACAACCGUGUGGAGGACUUCAUAUCCUGUCCCCGGUCUCCUGUGAUGGUGAUCAGUUAUGAGAUGCUACUGCGCUCUGUAGAUGCUUUAAAGAAGCUGGAGUUUGGUUUGGUCAUCUGCGAUGAGGGCCAUCGGCUUAAAAACAGCAAUAUCAAGACAGCCGGUGCGCUCACCUCCCUGGCCUGUGAACGUCGGGUAAUACUUACAGGCACCCCUGUGCAGAAUGAUCUCCAAGAGUUCUACUCCAUUAUUGAGUUUGUGAAUCCAGGCAUUUUGGGAACUUCUGCAGCCUACAGAAAGAUUUAUGAAGAGCCAAUCCUCAGAUCCCGCCAGCCGACCUGCGCUGAGGAGGAGAGGCGCAUAGGCGAAGAGCGAGCAGCAGAACUUGCUCGACUGACCGGCGCAUUCACGCUACGACGGACUCAGGAGAUCAUCAACCGUUUCUUACCUGCGCGGCUGGAGUGGACGGUAUUCUGCCGGCCCACAGAGCUGCAGGUGCAGCUGUACAAUGAGCUGCUGUCUAGCCGACCUGUCAGGGCCUGUUUCGCUGCAGCCAGCACACAUGCUUUCACACACAGCCCUCACCUUGCCUGCAUUAAUGCUUUGAAGAAACUGUGCAACCACCCUGGGCUCCUUUACAACACGAUGAAGGAGAAGACGACUGAUGAUUUAUAUGACGGCCUCUGUGUAGACGUUUUUCCUGAGACCUAUGUCACUGGAAGUUUUUGCACAGGAGACUCUGGGAAAUUGCUGGUGCUCACAGACCUUUUGGCUGCUAUAAAGCAUGUCAACUGCACAGACAAGGUUGUGCUGGUGUCUAAUUAUACACAGACUCUUGACCUGCUGCAAGACCUCUGUGCUCACCUUGGUUACACCUGGUGUCGGCUUGAUGGACAGACACCUGUCGCCCAGCGACAGCGAAUUGUAGACUCCUUUAACCGUCUGGACUCCUCCCACUUCCUGUUUUUUCUCAGUUCAAAGGCUGGAGGAGUAGGGCUUAAUCUUAUUGGUGCUUCCCAUCUAGUUUUGUACGAUAUCGACUGGAAUCCAGCUAAUGACAUACAGGCCAUGGCCCGAGUAUGGAGAGAUGGGCAGAAGAAAACAGUUCACGUUUACAGAUUUCUAACAACAGGUACCAUAGAGGAAAAGAUCUACCAGAGACAGGUGAGUAAGCAGGGACUUUCUGGAACUGUGGUAGACCUCGGUAAAAAGGGUGAGCACAUCAACUUCUCAGCAGAGGAGCUGCGUGACCUUUUCACCUUUGACCCUAAUACCGACUGCCUCACUCAUGACCUGCUUGGCUGCAAGUGCCUAGGGGAUGGAAGAAUGCCAGGUGUGGUUGAGGAUGUACCCACGGCUACAGGGAGGGCGUGUCAGUUGGGUCGCCGUGCCGAUAGUGCCAGCGUUACACAGCGGGUCAGCAUGUCUGAGCUUAUGCAGUGGAAGCAUUUUUCUGGAACCAUCUCGUCAUAUGGUGACAUUUACUUGGACCAUGCACACAGUAAUAUCACAUAUGCUUUCCAGAGCACUACUUCCAAAACCCAAGACAUAGCAGAAAACACGUAAUAGAGUGGAUUUGAUGGAUGGAAAAAAUCAAAUGUAAUGAAUUCAUGUAAGUAAAUAUGUAACUAUAAAUGUAACAACGGUUAUGUGCUGGAAAUCUACUUUUUUUGUUUGUUUGUUUGUUUGUUU